AUAAAUUACGUAAUUGUAAAUGGACAAAGACCUGAAGGAUAUUGUGGAAUUGAGGAACCAUAAGGGUAUCUUCAUUCUUUACCUGAACACUGAAGAGAACAGGUUCAACUCUACCUCUAUUAACAAGAUUCAUGAAUGCCUUGAUGAAGUUGAGAAAUAUGAGGGGGAUACUUGCUUAAUCACUGUUUCAACUUCUAAGAAGAUUUGGUCAAACGGACUUGACCUUGACUGGAUGGCUUCUCAAGGACAAGAAGUGUUCAAGCAGAAUAUUAUUGACUUCAUCAGACUCUUUGGAAGAUUCUUGAUCUUUCCGGUUCCAACUAUUGCUAUGAUCCAAGGCCAUGCUUUUGCAGGAGGCUGCAUGCUUGCCAUGGCACAUGAUUAUAGAUACAUGAUGAAUGGUAAAGGGUUUAUCUGUCUUCCAGAACUUGACAUCAACAUGUGGUUGCCUUUCGGAAUGACAGAUGUCUGCCAGUGUAAACUAACUCCAGAAGCAUACACAGAGAUGUAUUACGGAAAAAGAUUUACUUCCUUAGAAGCUGAAAAAUACGGAGUAAUCACAAAAGCUUGCGAUAAGAGAACUAUUUUCGAUGAAGUGAUGAUGAAAGCUAAAACCGUCAUGGAUAGAGGAAACAAAAAAGAAAUCCUUCACAAGAUCAAGUACAUCACUUACUACGAUGCUUAUGAGAGAUGCAGAAAGGGUGAAAUCGAAGUGACAGUUCCCCCAGUUCAGAGAGCUAAGAUUUAGAUUUCUCCUCUUCAACAUUG